CGAACUCUGGUUACCGCCAGCGUUUCUUUUGUUUGCUGCGUGUGGUCGCUGGAGCUGUCGUGUUGCAUUUAUUUCCUUGGAAAUUAGCGUGACCACCCUAAAUGAAAUUGUUCCAAAAUUUAUCAUGCGAAGGGCCGCUGGAAAGAAGGCAGUCAAUAUGCAAGAGAAUCAAGGCAGCGCCAUGUCUGGCCCUCUCGCCAAGUCGUUUUGACCAGUCAAGCCACCGCCCGCAAUAUCCCCAUCAUCCCAUGCGUCUACCCCUGACAAAAGAUGCAUUCUUCCAUGCCCCUCAAUAUUAGCUUGGUCCACAAAUACCCUUGUGGCCAUGCUGGCCGGGAGCUGACCGUUACGCCUGAGGAAAAGCUCGCCGAACCAAGGCGGAUCGCGAUGAGGAUGACGCGGGUUGCGGGUGAUGUCGUCUCGUGGUCUCCCGCUCUUCGCGGCAUCUUCUGAGAUAUCCUCCCUCUUUUCUUUUUUUUUUCACCCGCAAGGCAGGAGAAGUUUAGUCCUUCUUCCUCCAGCCCACACUCGUUUAUUGCUGCUUACGUCUGAUCCAAACAGCAAACGACAUCCAAUCGCUGUCGUUGAAGGAUCGUUUUCACCAUGCGGAACAGUGGCAUAUUAUCGCUCCUUGUGAGCCUCCUGCUCCUUGUUUCCUUCGUUUUCGCACAAGAACCUUCGACAACGGCUGCAGAGACAACGGCGCAGCCACCAUCCAGCCAGGCUCCUCCGCCGACACAGACCACCACCACCGACGCCUCAGCAACAGGGACGCAAACCUCUGCCCAGCCCUCCGGCACUGGAAGCAAUGGGGGUGGCGGCAGCACAUCCCCAGGGCCAGGCAAGGGCUCCAACAGCGGACCGCCAGAUGUGCAUCUCAAGGUGCCCAACUUGUCAGUUGGUCGCAUCGAGCUUGACGUCGAUAACUUGCAGGCCGAUGUGAACCUGGCCGCUGAGAUCGCAGGUCUUGUGUCCAUCAACGCCGGCGUGCAAAUCGGAAUCACAAAGGUCAACAUUACCAUUGCCGAUGUUCAGGCAGAACUUGAACUUGUUAUCAGACUUGGCCACCUCGUCGAUAUUGUCAAUCGCACGCUGCACACACUAGACCUCAACCCACUGCUGAUCAACGUGCUCAACGAGGUUGGAGACAUUGUGGAGGGCGUCAUCGGUGCCGUCGACGGCCUGCUAGGAUCCAUCCUCCAGGGCGACACCAAGCUCAAUUUCAUAAUCGACAAUCUGGGUCAUAUCGUACAAGAGGUUGUCGGAGCUGGCGGAGACGUCGUCAGCAGCAUCGUCGGCAGCUAUCAGCAGAACAUGACCUUCACUGGUCAGCAAAAGACACUGGACAACGGUCUGAUACAGAAGACGUACGAGUACGACGCGCUUGGUGCUUUGGUGAAUGUGGUCACCAACUCGCUGAACCAGGUCGUCAGCGCCGUGGUUAUCAAGGGCGGGGCAACCAACCCCGGAAACGGCGGCGGCAGCGGUGGGGGCACAUCUACAACGUCGGCGACAACGCAGCAGCCCACGGCGACGGGCUCGGCUCGGUUAUUUUAGCUUGAGGGCUUCGAAAGUACCCGGGGACGCGGAGUUUUGAAAGUCGUCUAGACAACUUAAUUAAAUCUGCCAUCAGUUCUCGGCAUAUGUCAGGCUUCAUCG